AUGGCGAACAUGAAAGCCAUCCACAUCACCGACUGGCUGCCGCCCUCCAGAGGCUACGCAUCCCUCAGCCCCGCCAUAAUCCCUCGACCUCGGCCUACACCCGAUCGCAUCAUCGUGGCGGUCAGCCACGCAUCCCUCAACCACGUCGACCUCCUCUACGCCCGCGGCCUGCACCAAAACAACGCCUCUGGCCUCGUGCGCCCGCCCCUCACCCUCGGACUUGAGUUCUGCGGCGUUGUUGCCGCACUACCCACCUCUGCAUCCGCCCGUGCCGCGUGCGGAUUCCAGGUUGGAGACCGAGUCUGGGGCUCCACGGUCGGGAGCUAUGCGGAGUACGUAUCCGUACCAACCUCCGCGCUGCGGCGGCUUCCGGAUGAGACGAGCUUUUUGGAGGCGGCGGGUAUGGGGGCUGCCAGCCCGACGGUAAGCUAUGGGGCUUUGAGGCUCUGCGCAGAUGUGCAAAAGGGGGAUCUAGUGCUUGUGCAUGCCGCAACGGGAGGGCUGGGUGUGCCGGCAGUGCAGAUUGCUAGAGCAAUGGGUGCGCAGGUCGUUGCUACGGUGGGGAGUGAGGAGAAGGCAAGGGUUGUGAGGGAAAACUUCCGGGGCGAUGUAGUGGGAGUGGUGAAUUAUGGAAGAGACGGCUGGGAGAAGGAGGUGGUUCGGAUCGCAGAGGGAUUGGGGAAGGAGGGUGUGGAUGUUGUGUAUGAUACAGUCGGUCUGGUCCUGUCGUCGAUCAGAUGCGUAAGAUUCGGUGGCACGGUGGUCAUCGCCGGAUUUGCAGGGAGAAAAGGCGAAAUGGAGAAGGUAGCGAUGAACAGGAUAUUGCUGAAAAAUGUGAAGGUGCUGGGUUACAGAUAUGGAGAGAGCGGUAGAAGAGAUCCGAAACACACGGCGGAGUGCUGGCGAGGGACGGAGGAGCUGCUUUCGAAGAAGAAGAUGAAGCCCUUGAUCUACAAGGCGCACCAGGGCUUAGACAAGGUAGGCGAGGGGCUGCAGGAGUUGUAUGAGAGGAAGGUAUGGGGUAAAGCGGUGGUCGAAAUCAAGAAGGAAGACGACCUUAUGAAAGACUUCGCGGAAGGCCCGCCAAAGUUAUGA